AUGGGAAGCCCUUAUUCUACCGAGAAACUGAGAGACUACAAGCCCUCCAACUGCACUUUGGUUAAAAACAGCAAAGAGGAAGAUCCGUAUAGAGAAGCCAGACGUUUCAUCAGUGAAGACACUAAACACAACUGCUGUAAUGUUGGAAGAGAUAAUUCGGUCCAGCGAUGGCAACUUCCGCGAGGACGGUCCAAGGUGUUGUUAAAGAAGGCCGCAAUGGCAGACAGCGGUACGACUUUCUACUACCAUGAUGACCUCUUAGGCUCUGAGGAAUUUCUUGGUUAGCUCGUUGAAUCAGAAUAACAAUUAUUGUACUUGGUCAUGACAAACAAUUUAUUUCAGCAUUUUUCUUUGUAAUUUCCUUUCAUCGGCAGCGAUAGAUCAGCUGAUAGAUUUCAUAAUAGUCGGCAGACGAGUUACUAUUCAAAUACGUCGCUUUUGUGUGACUCUGAAUUUACGUUAUUUAAAUAUGAUUUACUUUAUGUCAACUAAAUAGACGCGCUAUCUUAAGUGAUAGUCAACGCAUGCACCUUUAACCUGUAAAAUAUAAGUGGCAAACGCGUCGACUACUUUCUGGAUAAACGUUUUUUCAGUUUUUUUAAUACAUAAUAAAACUCUCAGAGUUCAUUUCAGUUUUGCUAAUAGCCGAGUGUUGUAGCUCGGCCUUUAAAUAACUUAUGAGUAUAUAACGUGAAAAAAAAAAAAAAGACACAUGAUUCACUAACUUUACUUUGGCUGUUUUAAUCAAUCCAGACGAGAAACUGCUUUCAUUGCCGAGCCAAGGUGACAAAACAACUAAAUAAAAAACCUAAUUCUUUUUCAAGGUAAAAUGCAAACGAAAAACGUUGCUUUUAACCAUGGGGCGAAAACGUAACAGUGGAAUAGAGUAAAUUGUGGUUGCAACUUAAUGAAUAGUCUAGCUACAGUUUUCAGUAAAAAUUGUUGGGACACUUUACUAUAUUCUUACCCUCCCAAUGUUGGUGUGCAAGAGUUUGUGUCUUAACUGGUAUAAACAACAUUGGGAGGACAAGGACACGGGCCAGUAGUGAAAAAUACAGCGCAGGGUGUCCUAACUAUUUUUGUCUGUCUGUGACUGUAGGCCUGGACUGACCAGCAGAUGUGAGACUGUUCAUUGCGCCGCACAAGCUAUAGCUAGUGGUUCUAACUUUUGACGUACUCCGUGGAGGGCAAUGAAAUCCUCUUAGUCCUAUGAUAUGACAGCUCAGAUUGAAGGUGUACUGAGUAAUACACUCCCGGCCGUAAUGUUUCCUGCAUUCACUUGCACGUGAACGGAUCCGGGGAAAGCACACUCUGGUAUGAAAGGGACGGCGAUGCCCGUUGCUCGGGGGGUGUUCCCUAUAAUGGGCCUAUACGAGGAGGUUACGCCUGAAAGUUGUACCUUUUUCAGGCUUCGUGGGUUGUAAAAGGGUAUGGAUUUCAUUAGUUGAAGUGUAUCAAAGAGUAGAAAAAACUGGCAUUUCGUUCUGCAUUCUAUGGCUGUGAACAGGUCGAGAAAACGUUCUGGUUUUGUGAUUUGCUCGUAUUUAAUAGACAAUAAAUUUACAGCAGUUGAAAGGCAUGUAAAGGUCUAAACUAGGUAUGUGAAAGGGGUAACAUUUGUCAGUAGAAGGUAUUACGAAAGAGGUACUUUUUCUGUUCAAAAUAGGUAAGGGGUUGGACCUCUGGGUGGAGCUGAAAAUUGAAAAAUACUUCUAGAUUAUCAGAACGUAAUAAAACAUUGCCUAUUGUAAAUAGAGCAAGCGUUUUACUGUCUUGAGAAGUAAAUAUCAGCCUCCACUAAGAAAACUAUUUGCUUGCAACACGUCGAUGGGAAAUUCAAAAUUCAUUGUUUCGGACGCUAGUACACUGUUUUUCUUUCUUUCUUUCUUUCUUUCUUUUUUUUUUUUUUGGACUUUUUAAGAGCUUAAAACGUGGUUCGAGUUGUCCAGGGUAAAAUUAUAAAGAAAUGCUCUGAGGAGAAACAAAAAUUACUUCGAGUUAGCUGGAGGUUCGAGUUAUCGAGGGUUCGAGUUACCAAGGGUGAAAUUACAGUAAAUGUAUGAAGGAAAUCCAGGGGAAAUCGAUUUUGGUUCGAGUUCGCGCGAGAUUCGAGUUAGCGUGGGUUCGAGUUACCGGGAGUCAACUGUAGAAGAAAGAAAGCAAAAAAAAAAGAGAAAGAGAAAUAAAAAGAUAACGAUUCUAUGACUGACUAAUGUAUUGGAAUUGAAAUUAUAGCUUUUAUAUAGUUUUGGCUGUCUGUUUAGAAAAUCAUCUUCAAACGGAGCUUUAGCCACGCCCCUAUACGUCUAUCUUCUUUGAUAGGGGUUUAGUCCCGAGCAUUUUCACCCCCCAUGUAAGAACAUCUCCCCCAAGAAUGUGAAUGAUCAUCUGAGUGACCUUUGUCUUAAAUGUUUUCGUAACCUGCCCCUGAUUAAGAAAUUAAACAGUAAAGUUGUUUGUUUUUCUUUUUGUUUUUAUUAAAAAAAAACCCUAACUGGUCUUCGAUUACAACUAGAAAUAAAAGCUUUCGCGGAAAAUCAAAUUUCCGAGUCUUCUGGGAAAGUUACGAGUUCCGGUCUUGGAAUUACAGUAAUUUAAGUAUUUUGACGGUAAUUAGUGUAUAAAAUCAGACAUUUCGUCGGUUUGAAUUGCAGCAGCUAGGACAGGUCUCUAAACAAUCAGCGAGGUACUCUUUCUAACAGGGAGGUUUGACGCUCUUAGCAAGUGUACAAGAUUCAGGUAGUAUCUAUUAGGCGUAUGCUCAUGUUAUCUAGGGGUCUCAUCCAGUCAUGCCAGGACGGUUUACGGUGUAGCCAAAAUCGAGGAGGUAACUAUUUCCUUUGGGGCUAUUGGUCUUUUUACCAGCUCUCAGCUAUGUGUAUAUGUCUUAGCCACCAGCAAAAAAUGAGCAUACUGUGACAAUUCUGACAAUUGGGUAAUUUUGACCCUGGCGUUUCAUAAUUUGACUCAAAGUAGUAUUCUUUGCAAACAAUAACUGACCUCAUCUUAGUCAAUGCAAUAUACAUAAUCGCAAAUUAUUAACUGGACUGAACUUGAGGGUGAAUUCAUUUGCAAUUGGCAGCAUCCGCGAAUAAAGCAGUCGCAAAAAUCUCUAAAACUACGUAAAGAAAGGAAGGGGAAAGAUUCGCAAGUUUUAAUACUGGAUUCCUCCCCUUCAGACAUGACAGACAUGGAUGGAGUGGCCCAUUUAAGCCUGGGGGACUUAGGUUUUCAACAAAGGUUUUUACAGGAAUACCACGCACCUCCCCUCCCCUAGAUCAAAAUCUUUGCCCCUUACCCUUUACUUCAACACAAGACUAUGAAAAGAAAAGCCGGCCUGAGCCCCUGUAGGGGUAUAUCCGACAAAACUGAAAUCGCCACGAUCACUGUUGAUGAAGCAACGAUCUAGAAAGGAGGUCAAAGACAGACCUGCACGGACUCCUAAUGUAGUUUUUAUGGUUGGGACGCAUUAUAUAUCAAGCUUUCAAAGGCGCGGAUCUAGGACAAAUACUGACCGAUUUCAUAAAAUAAUGAAAGCCGCCUGCUUCAAGCUAUAUUUUAGCACUUACAAGCAUGCCAUUUAGAUUGAUUUAGUGAUUUAACAUGAUCGGAGGCCUUUUGAAAAAUAUUUUCAGUGGGGGCUGAUUUUCUAUUAGAUUCUUGUUCGCCAUCUCGAUCUUUUCUUGUAAUAUGUAGAAAUGAAAUGCAUUAGUUUUAUCCUUUCUUUGAGCGCCGAUUGUCGACAUUGUUUAAAGUCAAAGUUGACCUCCGACAACGAACUUUCCAUAAUCUUUGUUUAGGAUACCCGCGUGCUUCGAGGCGUUGUUUAAAGUUCGUAAAGCACUCUUCAUUUUUUUUUUUUGUUUUUUGAAUAUUUUGUUCUAAGAAAAAGUGUGUAUAUUGAAAGGUCUCAGUCGGCUUAGCUUGUAUGUAGUGGGUUUUGAUAUCCAGGAUUGAUUUCUCUUUGAACCGCUCUCCUAUGAGAACUAUUCUCUGAUAUUUCGGCCGUAAACUUUAUUGUGGGGUGUGGAAUUUGUUAGCUUUUUCUUUGUCGAAUUGCCAUUCCUAUCAGGUUUGCAAUAACGGCAAAGAAAUCUGCUUUUCUUAUUUUCUCGUUUCCGUCGUUGUGUCAAGACUGUUGUCCCGUUGUGGUUGAGCUGCGCUCGCUAGUAGCGUUACCACGCACAACAAUUCUUACUGCGACUAUUCAUCCGAAAAAGCGAUGAUUUGAAGGAAACCUCGCGACGAAAAUCGACGUCCGCAGGCCCACACUGAAGAUCCGGCCUCUAUCUUUUAUCUCAUUUUCAUAAUUCAGUUUAACCUUGACCACACAUUUUCCAGUAUAAGAAAAGUUACUUUGAUACAUGUAGUCUGUUUAGACACGUAGUUUGAGUAAUCUCUACUACUUGCUGGAAGAACAGAAGUAACAAUUUUUUAUUUGACUAGUCAAAUCUUCCGGUGAUAAAACAUUUUACUUCUGGCAUUCUCGUUCUAGUCUUUCUAUUAAGCACUCUGACAGCAGUUCUGCAUCAACUAAAAUCAAGUAUGUGCUAGAAGACUGUAUAUUUAGCUAAAAUAAUGUUUCAGUCUUUUAACAACACCUGUGGAAAACCUACUGAGCAUCCCUUUGAAAAAGUGCGCUUCAUUGAGUAAAAGCCCAUCUUGUGAAGUUGAGCAAUUACUUUAUGUGUAUUUUGUAGGUCGUUGGAACUCGAGUCGUUCGAUCACCAUGUGUGAAGAAGAGGUUUUGGGUUCAGCGUAUCAUAAGCUACGAGGUUAUGAACCCUUUAAACUGCGUCAACAAAGGAAAAACUACUUCAUAUGA